CGCCCUCUUCUUCCUCCCCAAGCACGCUCCCCCUCCCCCUCUUUCCCCUCCUCCUCCUCCUCGCACCAUCCACCCAGCCUCCAGUGCAGGUCGGCUCAUGUCGCCCCCUCGAAUCCACCUCACCGGAAUCACUCCAGCAGCCGCAGCCGCAGCCGAUUCAUAGGUUUCUUUUUCAGUACUUUCUUCACCAAGCAAACCCAGUUCGCCGACACCACUUAGGGUUCAGAUUAGAGACCGGGAGGGGAAAAGCGGAAAAGGCAGACGGAGAAGACGACAGGCCAGGCCGUUCACCUAGGCGAGACCGGUUGAGUGAUUCUUACGGUUUUUGAGCGGUUUGCUGCUUGUAUCUGCGCCUGAAUUUUGCGCAUCCUCUGCAGCCUGCACCAAGCCCCCAGUUUUACAGGAUGGCAGGCUCCCAGCCGGCCAACACCGAGUCGUUCGAGUACAUGCUGCUGGAGAAGGACCCCGAUCACUACCGGACCGUCUUCUCCGGCCCGAGCCAGAUAAGCCCGUGGAUCGACCCGGCUGUGCUCAAUCUGAAGCACCGGAUAGGGCGAGGCCCCUUCGGGGACGUCUGGAUAGCGACGCACCACCAGAGGACGGAGGACUAUGACCGGUACCACGAGGUCGCCGUGAAGAUGCUGCACCCGGUCAGGGACGACCAGCUGCAGGUGUUCUCGGCGAGGUUCGACGAGGUCUUCGGCAAAUGCCAGGGCCUGGGCAGUGUCUGCUUCCUACAUGGCAUCUCGACGCAGAAUGGGAGGCUUUGCAUAGCGAUGAAGUUUUACGAAGGAUCCGUCGGGGACAAGAUGGCUCGGCUUAAAGGUGGAAGGCUCCCUUUGUCAGAUGUUUUAAGAUACGGCGCCGAUUUGGCGCGUGGUGUGCUAGACCUACACUCCAGGGGAAUAUUUGUUCUUAAUCUCAAACCUUGUAAUUUUCUCCUUGAUGACCAUGACCAUGCUGUGCUGGGGGAUUUUGGGAUUCCAUCCUUGCUGUUUGGACUGUCGCUGCCAAACCCAGAGCUUAUCCAAAGACUUGGAACUCCAAAUUAUAUGGCCCCAGAGCAGUGGCAACCAAACAUCAGAGGUCCAAUUAGUUACGAGACAGACUCAUGGGGCUUUGCCUGCAGCAUUCUUGAGAUGUUCACUGGCGUUCAGCCUUGGCGUGGCAAAUCACCAGAUGAGAUUUAUCAGUUGGUUGUCCUGAAGAAAGAGAAACCAAUAUUCCCGUACAAUUUACCUGCAGAGGUUGAGAAUGUCCUUUCUAGCUGCUUUGAGUACGACUUUCGGGAUCGCCCCUUGAUGUCAGAUAUCUUACAAGCAUUUGAAAGUGCUAAAGACGUGGAUUAUGACAACAAUGGCUGGGACAGUUCUGAAAACCCAAGGGCAGUAGCGCCAAGUCACACUAAUUGGUCACACUUCAAGGAUAAGCUGCAAGUUGGUGACAAGGUCCGCUCGAGAAAGGUUAAAAACUCUUGUACUCCUGAAACAAUGGAAAUCCCUGAUGGAACCAUAGUUGGCAUGGAGGAUGGAGAACGUGAUAGCUACAUUCUUGUACGAGUCCAUGGAAUACAUGACCCUUCAAAGGUCCGUUCCUCGACAGUGGAGAGGGUGACCUAUGGUUUCGCUGCUGGAGACUGGGUAAGGCUCAGGGAGGAAGACAAGAAGCGGUCUCAGGUCGGAAUUCUUCAUAGCAUCGACCGCAAUGGCACCGUGUAUGUUGGUUUGAUAGGAAUGGACACCCUCUGGAAGGGGGAAUAUUCAGAUCUGCAAAUGGCUGAAGCCUACUGCGUGGGACAAUUUGUGAGGCUGAGAACCAACACUUCAAACCCGCGGUUCGAAUGGCCGCGAAAGAGAGGCGGAGUGUUUGCCACAGGCCGUAUUUCACAGAUACUCUCGAAUGGAUGCCUUGUUGUGACCUUCCCUGGCAAAUUCAGCCUUGGCGAAGUGUGCAGCUGCUUGGCCGACCCUUCUGAGGUGGAGGUGGCGAGCUUCGACAAGUGCGAGGGGGUUGUGAAGAAGUAUGAGCACCUCGAGGACUUCCAUUGGGCGGUAAGACCUCUGUUCAUCGCCAUAGGUUUCUUUACUGCUAUGAAGCUAGGUGUCUUUGUCGGGAAGAGCAUCACAAGGCCAAGGAGUCGAAAGGUCGCCAGCGUCUCUGAUCAGGGCGAUGAUCCUCAGAAAGUUCAGCAGCAAGAAGUGCACAACAGUGUCAGCACGGCAUGGCUCCCUCCACCCGUCGCGAACAUGCUUUUCGGGGACGGUCCUGCGCCUUCUGGGUAAAACUGCAAAAGCAAUGUUGGAUGGAGCCUGAAGUAUCUCAAUUAUGUGACGCUUUGAACAAGUCGUUCUGUGUAUAUUUAGGGCUGUAACUUUCCACCUUGCCAAAACCUUGUAAAUAUGUGUGCACCUCUGCAACUCAGCUCUAGAAGCAUGCAACAUGAAGUUCUCUUUCAUGUC